GACCCUAGCUGAUUUGAUGAGAUAUUUUAUCCAGCUAAAGUGAGGCUGAAAUCCCGUUCUUCUCAGCAGAUGAUAGGGUUUUAGUCUUUUAGAGCUCGAAAACCGGUGUCGUCGUCAACAACCGUACGCCGACAUCAACUUUGCCCGGCGGAGCUUCUAUGACAUUCGCCGGCCGUUGAACACUAGAGAGAUGGGCGGUGCCACCUGGCUAUUCACUCUCCUCACCUCCACGACCUCUUCCUCCCCGCUUCUCCUCCCUCACCACCGCCAAUGCCCGGCUCUUCUCCGCCUUGCCUGCCGCCACCGCCGCCGUCAGCUCUCCUUCUCUUCCAUCCCUCACCGCAUCCGCUGCAGUCACAACCUUCAAUCCUCGACUCCGUCUCUUCCUCCCUCCUUCCGAGCUAAAUCCUCGCGCCAAUUUUACGCCCAGGCCACCUUUGCCGGUCAAUCGUCCAAUUCAUCACAUCAGCCGCCUCCGGUGUUCCAUCAGUGGCCGGAAUGGUCCAAUUUCCUCCAAAAUAUCUCUGCUUUGGGGUAUUUUAAUCGCCAGGUGAUUGACUCGGAAAUUGAAGAGUUCGUGGAUCCGACGAAUUUGCCUGAUGAGUUCGUGAGAACUACCAUUGCUUGCUUGGCUUUCGGGCGUGACAGGCCUGAGAUUUUGGGGCUGCUGUCCAGAAGAGAUAUUGCAACGGUAAUUACCAAUGGCAUGCCUCUUUUGCUGUUCAAAAAUGGCGAGGAGCUGGUCAGAAGAAUGCAGCUGUUUCUGGAUGGACAGAGCAGAAACGUGCCUAGCACGGAUAGAGCGCAGACAGUUGAUUUGAUGAAGCUCUUAGUGACUUAUGCUGGCAAUGUUAUGCCUUUUGGGAACAUGAACAUAGAUAGCAAGCAAGAGGUUGAGUUAUCUGUUCGUAACAUAUUGGGUCAGUUGUCCCAGUUCAGCUAUAACAGCAUUCCUAGUUUUCAACCAUCUCCAGCUGCGCGAAAUCAGUUCUUAGAGAGAAAUGUUCCAGGACCAAGUCCGGUUGGACCAAAUGUUGAAAUGAAGAAAGGUGACUGGAUUUGUUCAAGGUGUAAUUUUAUGAACUUUGCGAGGAACAUCAAGUGUCUUGAUUGUGAAGAAGCACGCCCGAAGAGACAGCUUACUGGGGGAGAGUGGGAGUGUCCUGAAUGUGAUUACUUCAAUUAUGGGAGGAAUAUGGUAUGCAUAAGGUGUGACUGCAAGCGCCCCGGGGAAGUAUCACUAAGGACCAUGGGUUCUGGACCAGGUCUCGAGUCUGGAUAUGGAACCCAAUCAAAUGGCGGUGAUAUUGAUAACCGUUUGGCUGCCAAUGAAGAGAAGGCACAGCGGUGGUUUAGUAAGAUGUCUCAGAUGGACAAUAGUUCAGACAUCAACAGUGCUAUACCCGAUGAAGAUUUCCCUGAAAUCAUGCCCUUGAGAAAAGGAGGCAAUAUGUUUAAUGUAAGCACAAGGAAGACUCCUCUUGAGAGAAGGCUGAGCAAUGCUCAAAACCAAAAAGCCUUGGGGAAUGAUAGCAACAGGCUUCAACCUACAGAUAACUUUAGGCCCCCUGCUUCAAGCACUGGUGAGCAGAGUGUGUUCGAGGACAAACAAGGUGAUAAUUCUGAUAGCUGGUUCAAGAAAGUUGCAGAGCUACAUAAUGUGGCAGACGUGGAUAGUGCGUUGGCAGAUGUUGAUUUCCCUGACAUCAUGCCAAUGCGCAAGGGCGAAAACAGAUUUGUAGUUCCGAAGAAGAAAGAUCGGUCUCUCACUUCUCCCCUGUACAAGAGACGCGCGGCCAUGGAGCAAGCAAACGAUACAAAUUAUGUACCUUUCGUGCCCUUCCCUCCCAACUACUUUGCCAAGAAGGUUGAUCAACAACAGCAAAGCGGGCAGGGGUCAGCGAACAUGGCCAUUGAAACUCCCAAUUCUUCCACGCCAGAGAGUUCGGCUAGCUAUCCCGGACCUGGAUUUUCGGAUGCAGCAAGGGUUCCUGGUUUAAUGGGCGCACAGCAACCGUCAACGCUAACCCCGCCAGAUCAGAAUUUGAAUUCGGCGGGAAGCAGAAGUCAACCAUCUGGUUGGAAUCCGGAGAAUCAAGGCGGCAACCCCAGAACUGGAGUUUCGAAUUCAGCCUCGGUUCAUGGUUUUGAAAAUCAACCGAAUUUUAUUGGUGCACAGCAAAGUUCAACACAAAUCCCGCCAAAUAUGAAUCUGUCGGGAAACAGAGGUCAACCAACCCGUUGGACACCGGAGAGUUCGGGUAGCAACCCUAGACCUGGAGCUUCGAAUGCAGCCUCAACUCAUGGUUCGGAGAACCAAACAAAUUCGAUGCGUGCCCAGCAAAAUUCAGUACGAUAUAUGUCAAAACCCAGUUCGAACGUGGCGGGAAGCAUUAGUGAACCAUCUGGGUGGAGUGGGAAGAGCUUGGAAGGUUCGGCGGUGAAGGCAGACCCCGAUCCUUUGGAUAUGUCUGAGGAGGCUAAAGCGGAGAGGUGGUUCAAACGGGUGGCUCAAAUUAAGGACAUAUCGGAGCUAAGCCAGAUUCCCGAUGAAGAUUUCCCGUCGAUAAUGCCAAUGCGGAAAGGCGUGAACCGAUUCGUUGUGAGCAAAAGGAAGACGCCGCUGGAGAGAAGGUUGACAUCUACCCAGUACAGACGGAACCUUCCGAUUGUUAGCUCCGAUCAGCCGCCUAGAAACGAAGGCGGCGAUGAUUCUCAGUAGAAAAACGGAAGCCAAAACAUUAUAGAGAAAAUCGUCGCCCACUUCUUGUAUUGUUGUGUAACAUUGUUCUUGGAUUCCUUUUACAGUAAAGAAGUUGAUCCUUCGCUAUUGUUUUUUGUUGUUACUUGCCCUGGCGGCUGAAUAAUCAUGUGAGCUCAUG